AUGGGAAAUGAUGAUUCUGCUGUAAAAAGACUUAAAGAGUAUCUACAUUCCACCUUUCAUAUUAAAGAUUUAGGGCCACCUAAGUUUUUCUUAGGAAUUGAGAUAGCUCGUUCAGAUAAGGGAAUCUCUCUUAGUCAGCGGAAAUUCGUGAUGGAAAUUAUAUCAGAAGCAGGACUGUCAGGCUGUAGACCAGCGAUUAUUCCUAUUGAGCAGAAUGCCAAACUGACUUAUGUUGACUAUGAUGCUGGUAUAUCAUCUUCCUUUGAUGAUCCAUUACUAGACGAUCCGCUAGGAUAUCAGAGACUUGUGGGAAAGCUUAUAUAUCUUACCAUGACUAGACCAGAUAUCUACUAUGCAGUACAGACUCUCAGUCAGUUUAUGCACAAGCCAAAGCAAUCUCACAUGAGUGCAGCCUUGAAGGUUGUGAAAUACUUAAAGACGUGUCCAGGAUUAGGGAUUCUCCUUUCCCGAAGAUGCAACAUGGAAAUGACAGCCUAUUGCGAUUCGGAUUAUGCUACAUGUCCUAUGAGCAGGAGAUCCAUCACUGGCUUUUGUAUCAAGUUUGGGGAGUCAUUGCUUUCAUGGAAGACAAAGAAGCAAUCUACUGUGUUUUUAUCUUUAGCUAAAGCCGAGUAUCGAUCCAUGGCCAAGACAGUUUGUGAAAUAGUUUGGUUAAGGGGUUUACUCUUAGAUCUUGGCACAGAAGUUAAAGGACCAUCUAUGCUCUUUUGUGACAAUGAUUCAGCACUCAAGCUUGCUGCAAAUCCUGUAUUACAUGAGAGGACGAAGCACAUAGAGGACUAG